GAGUUUUGAUAUCAGCGGUACACCGGGCACAACAGGCAACGCAACCACAACGACCAACGUAUCAGCGGCAGCACUUCUGCGGCCAAAAAGUAACACAUCUUCCGAGCGUACCGAUUCCUACCGCUUCUCGAUGGCGAACCUGGAGGAAACGCAGGAAGCCGAGCUGGAUGCCAUAUUGGGCGAGCUGAGCAUACUGGAAGAGCGAGGUGAUCUGCGCCAUGGUCGUAGUCACAGUCGCACCAACUCCACAAUAUCGGCGGCCACCAAUACGACACUCUCGUCGGAAAGUGGGUGUAGUAGUGUGGCAGCGGAUACAGUCUGCAGUGGAGGUAGUAUUGCAAGUGGUAUGGGAGUUGGUGGAGUAGGCGGAGGUAGUAUCAGUCUGCAUCGUGAACCACGCACCGACAGUCCCGACAAUGAUUCCGCUUUCAGCGAUACGGUAUCGCUGAUGUCGAGCGAAUCGUCCGCUUCCAGCAGUGUGAGCAGCUCUCAUUUGAAGCACCUCCAGGCGGCAGCCGUAGGUACGAUAGUGCACAGUGGUGCUGCCUCGGGAACAACAGUUAACCAACAGAAUCUGCUAGACGGUGGCAAACAGGCCAAAAUACAUCUCGCACUGCAAAAGCUAGAACAGGCCUCGGUACGGCGACUGUUUGUGAAGGCUUUUUCGGCCGACGGUGCGUCCAAAUCGCUGCUGGUCGACGAAACGAUGAGCUGCGGACAUGUGACGCGCCUGCUGGCAGACAAAAACCACGUCCAGAUGGAGCCCACGAUGGCCAUCGUCGAGCAUCUGUCUGAGCUGCAGAUGGAGCGACUGUUAGAGGACCACGAGAUGCUGGUCGAUAACUUGAUGCUGUGGAAUCGGGACUCGAAGAAUCGUGUUCUGUUUCUUCAGCGGCCGGAUAAGGUAGCGCUGUUCAAGACUCCCGAAGCGUUCCUGCCCGGCACACAGAUGGCUCCCGGAAGUGAGCACGACGAGCAAACGAGGACAAUGUUGCUGGAUGAGUUCUUCAGCAGCGGGAGCCAGAUCGCACUGGAAGGACCACUGUACAUGAAGAACGAUGCCAAAAAGGGCUGGAAGAAGUAUCACUUUGUGCUGCGGGCAUCAGGGUUGCAUUACUACCCGAAGGAAAAGACACGUUCAGCCAAGGAUCUGCUCUGUCUGGCAUUGUUUGCCGGGCAUGAAGUGUACCGCGGGCUUGGAUGGAAGAAGAAGCACAAAGCGCCGACGGAUUACACAUUCGCAUUGCGCUGCCCGAAGGUACCGCCCGGUGUGAAGGGUGUGCGGAUGGUGAAGAUGUUAUGUGCGGAGGAUGCGUCCACGCUGGAAAACUGGAUAACGGCCAUACGCGUUAUGAAGUAUGGAAAGAAGCUUUUAGACAAUCACCGGACACUACUAGAUGAUCUGGCACGGGAAGAGCUUGACAAGCUUAGUUCCGCCCGGAGCAGCUCCAUCGGGAGCAUUGUAUCGUCCGUUCCUUCACAGUGCAGCACCGGUAGCAGCAACAGCAGCGGAAGUGGCAGCAAUCAUCUUCUAGUUCCUCAUAACACAACCAACGGCAGCAACGGCAAUGGUUGCACUGCCAACGGUAAUGGACGGCUGUCGAGAGCUUCCUCAUCUAGCUCUAGCGGAUGUUUGUCGGACGAGAACAACGGGUUCGAUUCCGAGUUUCCGACCGGUACCAUUAAGCGCAAACCCUCGAUGAAACCAAAUCUUCCACUCACCUCGAUGACACGCCAGCUGAAGGAAGUCGGUGAGACGACACGACUGAAGGAUUCGCCUGGUGCCGGAUCGAUAGGAUCGGGUUCGUUCGGCGAAGGUGGCACACUUACACGACGUCACAGCCGGCGAAGAAGCGAAGAGAGUACCGGAAGCGGUACGCUGAAGCGACGUCCGAUGCCAACCCAGAAUCGUGGCUCAAUCGAAAGCAUGAGUUCUUCCGCAUCCACGCCAACGCCAGUUGGCAGUGUGUUGAAUACUCCGGUCAACUUUGAACCGCCGGUGACCAUCUUGAGCCCGUCGUCUGCUCAUCCAACGAUCGUAACACCAGCCGGUACGAUCGUUGAACCGAUACCGUCCUGCAUGACUGACUCGACGUUUUCGCUUCCACCGCCGCCGCCACCUUCCGCUACGGAUGACCCGGCAAUGAUGGGAGCAAACUUUUCCGGUUCUACCCUGUCGCUCGAUUCGCUACCGCCUCCGCCACCGCCAAACGAACUCGACAACUCAUUCAGUGGAUCUCAACUGUCGCUGGCUUCUGUGCAAUUACCUCCACCGCCACCACCAUCAGCAACGACGGCGGCGCUGGUGGCGUCGUCGGCAGGCUCUUCCUCCAUGCCAACGGUGCAGUCUUCCUCUGUAGUUCCUCCUACCGUUAGUGCAACAACCACAAGCACGAAUGCUGUUUCGACCGUUCGACAGCAGGAACAGCGUCCAAUCAAUGCGAUAUCAUCCAUGGCGCAGGCAAUAAAGAAACUAAAUAGUCACACGUUACCGAACCCAACCACGCCUAACGCCAUCUUGAAGAAGGAACCAAUCUACUCGAAAACGUUGAAACCUUCAGCAUUGAAAGCUCCCCCAUACAAGGCACCUCCGCCUUACAACGGUUGUGAUGGUACCGAUGCACCACCGGCAGCACCAGCGAAGAGUGUGUCCUUCGCCGAGUCACCGGUGCUGUUGCGCCGGAAGGUUUGCUUUGAGGAUGAAGUACAAGAAGUGCCACCGUCGCCGAGACGUCUCUGUGCCACAUACAGUGUUGGUCCUCCGGCUCCACCACCAAGAGCCGAAGCGACGCGCCUUUCCACGACGUACACGUCACCUAAGCGGUUAAGUGAAUCGAGCGCUAACCCUCCACACGACUUCCUAAAAGAUCUCCAACGUGUAAUGAACAAGAAGUGGCAGGUGGCGCAGAAAUGUAAGCAAGAGCCGGCGACAACACCGCACGAAGUGCUUGGCUUCCGCGACAUCCACGGUGGUAACGAUCUGUACUCGUCCGCAACGCCGUACUAUCGCGAAACGGCCAACGUGAGCAACUGGGUGCAGGAACAUUACGGUGCAGCACCAGACGGUUUGUACGAGAAUCUUGGCAGCAAUAUGGGCAUGGAACCAAACUAUCCUAUCGUGUCGAACGCAGUACCGGUGCCCAACAUGCACCAGCAUCUUCCGACCGGUGGUGGUCCAAUGGCUUCCGGUAUUGGAGGCAGUGUGAAGAAGCGACCACCACCACCACCACCAAAGCGUAGCGAGAAGACGCAACUAACUACCACCACCAGCAGCACGACAUCCAGCGUAAUAUCACAACCAGGCCCCGUGCCUCAUCAUCUCCAUCACCAUCAACAGUUGCUGAAUCAGCAAUACUUGCAGCAACAGCAGCAACAGCAGCAGCAGCAACAUCAACCACCACCAUCGCAUCAGCAACGGGUCUGAAACCUGCUGUGCCAGUAUUGGCCACAAUGCAGGAAGGAAAGUGCUACUAAAUCCGAUAC